GCCAUGUUACCGAGCUGGCGGUCUGGGCCUGACGCGAGGGCAAACAAGGGAACCGUUCGGGCUAAAGGGCAGCGAUCAACAUGUUGCUGAUCUGGGUUGAGGUGCCCGCUUCCUGGUCGCAGACUUGUCUUCUUUUUGAUAGCUAUUUGACAGGAUCCACGUCCGUGGCGUCGGUAUCACGAAGCGAGAUCUAUUGCUACACAUCUUGCUGAUUCAUAUCCGUUAUCUGAGAUGGCUAGUGGCAAGGAGACACAAGCCCCGGUAGGAGCUGAUGAGAUCACACCCGCACCCGACCCCAACACGGCCCCGAGGAACGAGCUCCGAGACAAAGCCACCGAAUUUCUCGAGACCCACGGCGCCGGCGACAACUCAUUCACAUACGAAGAGGAACGUGAUGUCCUCCGUCGAAUCGACUACCGCAUCUUACCCCUUCUGCUCGGGGCCUACUUCUUCCAGCAGUUGGACAAGAGCUCUCUAAGCUAUGUCUCCAUCUUUGGCAUCUCCCGCGACGCCAACCUCGUCGGCAAGCAAUACUCAUGGCUCGGCUCCAUUCUCUACCUCGCGCAGCUAGUCAUGCAGCCGCUGGCAGCCUACCUCCUCGUCAAGCUGCCGACAGGCAAAGUGAUCGGCACCGCCAUCCUGCUAUGGGGCGCGUCGCUGUGCAUCAUGUCGGCGUGCACCAACUUCCCCUCGCUGCUGGGGCUGCGCUUCCUGCUCGGCUCGUUCGAGGCCAUGAUCGCGCCGAGCUGCGUGGCCGUGACGCAGAUGUGGUGGCGCCGCGGCGAGCAGACCCUGCGCACCAGCUACUGGAACGCCAUGAACGGCAUCACCGCCAUCGUGGGUAGUUUGUUCACGUACGGGCUGGGCCACAUCGAGAGCCGCGUCAUGUUCAAGUAUCAGAUCAUUUUCUUGUUUUGUGGCCUGCUGACCGUGUGCUAUGCCGGGGUGGUUCUGGUGCUGAUGCCUGACUCACCCAUGGAGGCCAAGUAUCUGAAGGAGAGGGAGAAGGUGAUUGCGGUGGAGAGGCUGAGGGCAAACCAGAUGGGGGUUGCGUCGCGGGAGUGGCGAUGGGACCACGUCUGGGAGACGCUCUGGGACUUUAAAACUUGGUGCUGGUUCGUGGCUAUCGUGGCUAUCUCCAUCUCGAGCGGCGGUAUCGGAACAUUUGGCAGCCUGAUCGUCAGGGACUUUGGCUACACCAACUUCGACGCCAUUCUCUUCAACAUCCCGUUCGGCGCCAUCCAAUUCUUCAUGAUCAUUGGGGCUGCAUGGGCUGCGACGCACUGGCAGAGGAAGGGCCUGACGAUCGCGGCCGUCAGUGUGCUGCCAAUAGUUGGGACAAUCCUCAUGCUUACGGUCCCGCGAUCCGACAACAACAAGGGCGUCUUGCUGUUUGGUUAUUAUCUGGUAUCCUGCUUGGCUGCCAUCACGCCCCUUAUUUACGCGUGGCAAGCUCAAAACACCGGCGGCGACACGAAAAAGAAGUGCACCUCGGCCAUGGUCUUCAUUGGCAUGUGCACGGGGAACGUCAUCGGACCCUUGCUUUACGACGAGAGUCAGGCGCCACUUUACCGGUCCGGACUUAUCGCGACCCUCAUCAUGUUUGCCCUCGUUGGCGGUGUCUCGGCAAUCAUCCCAUUCUACCUCAUGUUCCUCAACCGCCGGCACGCCAAACGCCGCGAAGAACUAGGAAAGAGCGCGGUACUAGUCGAUGAGUCGAUGAUGGGCAAGAACCACAUGGAGGACAGCAAGGCGGUCGAGGCCGGGGAGAGUAACAGGCAACAGAAGGCACUCGAGGAGGACAACGCACUGCAAGACAUGACGGAUCUGCAGAACGAGGAUUUUAUCUAUGUGUAUUAGCUUAGUCCUUACAUGAAACACAACAUCCUAUGCUUAUCCCCG